AAGAAUAAACUGAAAGUCAAACUGAAGUCAAAGCUCAAGACAGAAGGAGAGCAAUCAUGGGCGACGUGGUGCUGACAGCAGAUCUGCCAGCAAGCAGCUUGAGUUCAGAAAAACUCCAGAAAAACCCAGAGGAGAGCAAUCUGAAGUCCGCAGAGGAGAAGAUCAACGGAUCUCCAAAGACAGAAAACCAGACCGCAGGAGAGAAAGACAGCAAGACCAUUGAGGAAAGCAAGAUUCAGGAGGACCUCAAUCAAUCAGAGGACCCUCAGAAGCCUCAGGAUGAAGAGGAGGUGCUGGGGCCGAACGAUGUCACCUGUGACUCCUGCAUCGACCGGCCGUGCCGCGCCACGAAGUCGUGCUUGACCUGCCUGGUGUCGUACUGCGAGGCUCACCUGAGGCCGCACCUGGAGAACAUCAAGUUCCAGAGCCACAGGCUGGUGGAGCCGCUGCAGGACAUCGAGAGACGCACCUGUGAGACGCACCGCUGCGCGCUGGAGCUGUUCUGCUGCGCCGACGCGUGCUGCGUCUGUCACGAGUGCGUGGCGGAGGAGCACCGCGGACACAACGCCGUGCCCAUCGCUGAGGCGCGCAGGAAGAUAGAGAGAGAGCUUCAGGACAAACAGACAGACAUGGUGAAGACGGUCACAGCGGCAGAAAACGCCAUUAACAAGUUACAGGUCAACACGGUGUCUAUAGAGGCGUCCGUGAAGGAGGUGCGUGGAGUGAUCGAGGAGCAGUUCAACAUACUGCUGGCGGCCGUGGAGCAGGUGAAGAAAGAAGUGAGCGAGAUCUUAGAGGUGGAGGAGCGACAGGCGCUGCGGCAGGCCGAAGGAAUCCGGGUUCAUCUGGAGCAGCGCUGCACUGAACUCAAGAAAACCCAGAGUCAGGUCGAGAAAAUCACCAAGAACAAAAAUGACAUUGACUUUCUGCAGGAGUAUUCACAGUGGAAAAAAGAAGCUGUUAAUGUGUCUUUACCUAGUGUUUAUAUCGGCCUCAUGGAUCGUCUGCAGUCGUUCAGUCGCGUUAUCACACGGUCCACGACAGAGAUGUGCAACAACCUGCUGACCUCAUACACCAACAAACUCAAAGACACCUGUAAAAACAGUCAGUGUGCAUUCAACAUCUCCAUACAAAGUGACACAUCUUGCUGUGAAUCUGAGCAAUUCAGAAACAUCAAACCCUUGUGUUCUGUGAAGGGUUUUGCUAAUUUAACCAUCCUGAUCUUGUUUCGGUUCACAGAUAAUGUAGGCAUAAAGACGACGGUUUAUGCCGUUAUAGCUGCAAAACACAAGUCAAUUCCGAAGACCAGAGACGACUUCCUUAAAUACGUCACGCCUCUGACCUUUGAUGCAGAUACGGCUCAUCAGUAUCUGCGUCUGACAGAAGAACGAAAGAAGGUGACAAACACGACGCCGUGGCAGCACAGCUAUCCAGAGCUCCCCGAGCGCUUCGAGCACUUCAAGCAGGUGCUGACGGUCGAGAGCUUCUACCUGGGCCGCCACUAUUUCGAGGUGGACAUGAGAGGAGAAGGCACUCACGUCGGCCUGACGUACAAGAGCAUCGACCGCAAGGGAACCGAGAGCAACAGCUGCAUCACGGGAAACAGCUUCUCCUGGUGUGUGCAGUGGAACGGACGCAGCUUCUCCGCGUGGCACAGUGAUGUGGAGACGCCGCUCAGCGGCCCCAAAGCCACACGGAUCGGCGUCUACGUGGAUUAUUCCAGCGGCGUGCUGGCUUUUUAUGAUGUGGAGAACGGCAUGACGCUCAUCCACAAGUACCAGGCUGAGUUUCUGGAGCCGCUUUACCCAGCCUUCUGGCUUCCCAAGAAGGAGUGCGUCGUGCUUUUGGAGCCAGGAGCAGCGUCGUCCCUGACAACCACGUCUCCCGUUUCCUCUCCCAAAUAAACUGUUUGUGCUCCUCAUAUCCACAUCAUUUCCAUCUUACAGGGUCUCGUUUUCACAUAGUUUUGUUCACCUGACACAGAUUUAAUGAUGCAAACAGGUCUAUAAGAGAUCUACUGUAACCUGUGACUGAUAUUAUUUUAUUAUUUAUGACUGCUACAAACCUAUACCUAUUUAAUUACCUACAAAUGUUUUGUGCAUUGAUCACGUAUCGCUAGAUAUAUUUUUAAGGAUAAUUUUGUCUUACAUGGAUGAAAC